AUGUCAAUGUUCUUGCAUUCCCUUCCUUACGGUGUAAACCUGCCUGGGACCAGUGUGGAUCUACCUGCUGUCACUGAGAAAGACAAGGCUGAUCUCUUGUUCGGUGUGAAGCAAAAUGUGGACAUCAUUUUCGCUUCCUUCAUACGAAGUGCCCAAGGAAUUCAUGAAAUUAGACAGAUUCUUGGAGAGGAAGGCAAACAUAUCAAAAUCAUUGCCAAGAUUGAAAACGAAGAAGCUGUAAGGAAUGCAGAUGAAAUCGUAGAAGCAGCCGAUGGGAUAAUGGUGGCUAGGGGCGAUCUUGGCAUCGAAAUUGCACCAGAGAAGGUCUUCCUAGCUCAAAAAAUGCUCACCGCGAAGUGUAAUUUAGCAGGGAAACCGGUUAUCUGUGCUACACAGAUGCUUGAGAGCAUGAUUACGAAGCCGAGACCGACGAGAGCAGAAUGCAGUGAUGUAGCAAAUGCUGUAUUAGAUGGCGCGGACUGUAUCUGCAAAGAAGCUGAAAGUGCUUUCUAUUAUGAAAGAUACUACGAAGAGAUUAUGUUCAACACUCCGAAGCCAACUGAUAUUACUCACACGACUGCUAUUGGAGCCGUUUCAGCAGCAAUCUCAUGUAAAGCCAGUGCGAUAGUGUUGGUCACAACAUCUGGAAAGUCAGUUCGUAUAUAG